AUGGGCCGGUCGCCUAGUCCCCGCCGGCGUGACCGAGAUGACAGGCGGGAGCGCCGUGACCGUGAUCGUGAUAGGGAUAGACGCAGGCGAACACGAUCACGAUCACGGUCACUAGAACGCAGGCGACGAUCCCCAGACAGAGAAAGGCGGCGCUCGCCUUCGCCGAGACGACGGCGUUCACGGUCUCUAUCUCCUGGCCCAAGCACCUCCUUCGUUCCUAAACCUAAGAAAAGUUACGUCGAGCGUCCCAUCGUCACCCCCGCUGAUUUAGAGGGAAAGUCACCAGAAGAGCAGGAAAUGCUUAAAACGAUGGGCUUUUGUGGCUUCGAUACAACAAAAGGUAAGAAAGUUGAAGGAAAUGUCGAAGGUGACGUGCAUGUCGUUCUAAAACGUAAAUAUAGACAGUACAUGAAUAGGAAAGGAGGUUUCAAUCGACCGUUGGACUUUGUCGCAUAA